CCGGUAAGACAGAACGGAUGUCCCGAAGAACGCCUCUGGAGAAAACAAAACAUACUGUUUACACUGGGGUGCUUUAAAAAAACAAAAAAAUUGUGAACUGAAUGAAGCAAGUUGAUUGUUGCUUACAUUUCUGCAAAACCUGUGGAAUUUCAACAGUUGCUUCAUCUGUGCAAUAAUGUAGUAUUAUAGUAUGGACCUGGUGCAUUAUGAAGUUUUAUGAUUAUGUAAUUGGUUAAGAUUUACUGCCAGCUAGAAGUCAUGGAUUUUGAUUCUGCUCUUAAAGUUGUCGGAGAUUAUGGAUCAGAGCAACGAAAAUAUCUCUACCUCUUUUCAUUUGUCAACCUGUUUAUUCCGAUGCACAUUAUUGGAUUGAUAUUCCUGGGACGAGAACCAUCAUUUACUUGUCACAGGAGAACCGAAGGACCGGCAUGUUCUCUCCAAGUAUGCCCUAGAUACGUUUAUGGUGAUGAAUUUACUUCUAUUGUGUCAGAGUGGGAUCUGGUUUGUGAUAAGUCCUACAAAGUUGCUCAACUUCAAUCGUACCUGAUGUUUGGAUUUCUUCUUGGAAAUUUCUUCUUUGGCGGUCUUUCAGAUUACCUUGGACGCAGGCCCGCCUUCAUCUGCUCAUUGAUUGGUUUAGCAGUUGUAACAAACCUCUCUGCAUUUACGUAUUCAUACUUUAUAUUUAGUUUUUUAAGAAUCAGUAUAGGCUUCUUUGUAGGUGGUGUUGGGUUGGUAGCGUACGUCUCCGCAACUGAAGUCAUUGGUUUGUCUCAAAAAGUAUUUGCCGGAAGUUUCUAUCAAGCUUUUUUUUCUAUAGGCAUUAUGGUGUUUGCAUUUCUAGCGAAUCUAAUUCGAAAUUGGCGAUACUUGGCUAUUGCAACAUCUUUUCCGAUUUGUUUGUGUGUAGUUAUUUAUUGGAUUGUCCCAGAGUCUCCUAGAUGGCUGGCUUCCCAAGGCAGAAUAUCUGAGGCAGAAGAUAUCCUUCUAUUUAUUGCUAAUAAAAAUGGAAAUAUAGUGAAAAAAUCAUCAAUAGAAUUAGAUGUCCCCAGCAAGACAAUCUCAUCCACCAAAUCAUAUGGAUACAUGGACCUGUUUAGGACACCAGUUCUAAGGAAGGAAAUGUUGAUACAAGCAUUUUGUUGGUUCGUCUGUAGCCUGGUUUACUAUGGUCUGACACUGAGUGCAGGGGACAUAGCUAGUAACGCCUAUGUCAGUGUUGCCUUAUCGGGCCUUGCUGAAAUACCUGGAAUAUUUUUUUGUUUAUGGUAUCUGGAUAAACUUGGUAGAAAGAAAUGCAUGUACCUCUCAAUGAUUUCAGGAGGUGUUGCAUGCUUCCUGGUCAUAAUCUUUUCACAAUCUGCAACCGGAGAGUUUGGCAAACAUCUGAGGACUGUAUUUGCCCUGAUUGGUAAAAUGGGUAUUUCCGCAUCAUUCAGCGUUGUAUACAUAUACUCCAAUGAACUGAUCCCCACCGUAGUAAGGAAUAGUGGACUUGGCUUUUGCUGUGUGUCAGCCAGGAUGGCUGGUAUAUUAGCACCAAGGGCAACAUCAUUGGGUGUUUUCAAUAUGUAUGCCUUGUUUGGAACUGCUUCAAUAAUUAGUGGUUUCUUAAACCUGAGGCUACCUGAGACCUUUGGCAAGCCCUCUCCAGAAAGCAUUGAUGAUGUUGAGAAUAGACCAGCGAACAAACAAACCACCGCUAAAACAUUGGUUAACAGUGAAACAGUACAAGCAAUAGAAGAGAAUAUUAGUAUGCUACAAAAUGGAGAGCCAAAUAUAUAGAGGCCAAAUGAAAUUAAAAACAUGUUUCUCAUCUAUUUUUUAUACACAGGUGAUUGAUUCACAGAUAUGACCACUGCACAUGCACAGGGGACAGGGAUAUAUUAUAUUGUAUAAGAAAGUAAAUUAGGAAACAUGGUAUUGGUUAUAUAAAUUGUUGCUUAAAUUAAGUGUUUUGAAUUUAUAUCUGUAAUAAUUAUAUAAUAAUAAUAUUUAUUAAAAAUCACUUUUAAUAAUAAUAAUACUGAUAAUUUAAUACUAGUGUUUUGUGGUUUAAGAGUUUUAAAAUUUAAUGACUAUAAAAUUGUAUAUUUUUAUGAUAGAAAUAAAGUAAAAUAUAUACAUAUUUAUAUAAAGAAAA